CAUAUCCAAGCUAAGAGAAAGAGCUUCACAUCAACAACAAUGGCAUUAAACAUCCAUGAUCGUAGCUUCUCUUCUGCUUUUGGCCUUCUUGGAAAUAUAUUGUCUUUCCUGGUUUAUCUUGCCCCGUUGCCCACUUUCUAUAGGAUUUUCAAGAAGAAAUCAACUGAAGGUUUUCAAUCAAUACCGUAUUCAGUAGCACUGUUCAGUGCCAUGCUGCUCCUGUACUAUGCUUUCCUUAAGAAACAUGAUGCAUCCAUGCUCAUCACCAUUAAUUCCAUUGGAUGUUGCAUCGAAUCCAUUUAUCUCUUCUUAUACAUGAUUUAUGCUACCAAAAGUGAUAGGAUAUACACGACAAAGUUGCUGGUGUUUUUCAAUAUAGGUGCAUUAGGACUGAUCAUACUUGUCACACUCGCAUCAUUCCAUGGCCCUCUUCGGGUGUCUAUUGUUGGGUGGAUUUGUGCCAUCUUUUCCGUUUGUGUCUUUGCUGCUCCCCUUAGCAUCAUUAGAUCUGUGUUGAAAACGAAGAGCGUGGAAUACAUGCCGUUCCCAUUAUCAUUCUUCUUGACUCUUUGUGCCAUAACGUGGUUCCUCUAUGGAUUUUCAUUGAGAGAUUUCUACAUAGCAACACCAAACAUCUUAGGGUUCAGCUUCGGGGUAACUCAGAUGAUAUUAUACGUUCUAUAUCGCGGUGGAACAAAAGAAUCCGUCCAGCCGGAAAGCGGCGGCAAGCUCCAAUUAGAGCGAUUUCCGAGCACCGGUGACCAACAAAGCGCUUUGAAUCAGGCUCAAGAAGCUGCCGUGAAUUAUGGAGUUGGUGGGACGAUUAGCAGCAACUCACAAAUCGUCCCUAGUGAACUCAACGUUUGAACCCUUUAAAUUAUGAAGCAUUUCUCUA